CGUAACUCCGCCCCCGACUGUCCGCGUGCUGCUGGAGGAGUUUAGUCAGUGCAGAAGCGUCUCGCAAUCAGUCCAGCCGCAGUCCGCUGUAACGGUUGUCUGUUAACAAACGGUUAACCGACUGCAUUUAACGGAUACCUUGCGUAGCUGCUGGCGCUUACGACUGACGCGUCUUGUAUUAGGUUGAUUGGUGGUCAGACAGUCCUAUGAUGGAAGAGCUUCAUGACGUCCAGCUGACUGAGAUCAAACCACUUCUGACAGGACAGAAUGGGAGCAAUCUGCAGGACUUUGACUGUCAGGAGCAUGAUGUGGAGACAGCCCAUGGGGUGCUGCAUGUCACCAUGAGGGGAGUUGCUAAGGGCAACAGACCCACAAUCCUCACCUACCAUGACAUCGGACUGAACCAUAAGUCUUGUUUCAACAGCCUGUUUAACUAUGAGGACAUGCAGGAAGUGACACAGCAUUUCUCAGUUCUGCAUGUUGAUGCUCCAGGACAGCAGGAAAAUGCUCCUGUAUUCCCCACUGGGUAUCAGUAUCCAACGAUGGAUGAACUGGCAGAGAUGCUGCCCUCUGUCCUUACACAACUUCAGGUGAAGAGUGUGAUUGGUAUUGGUGUUGGAGCUGGAGCCUACAUACUCACCAAACUGGCUCUGAAUGAGCCCAGCUUGGUGGAGGGUUUAGUUCUCAUCAACAUUGACCCCUGUGCCAAAGGCUGGAUGGACUGGGCUGCUGCUAAGCUGAGUGGCUGGACGAGCAACUUGGUGGACAACAUCAUGGGACAUCACUUCAGCACCGAUGAGUUAACGGACAAUAAGGAGAUCAUUCAGACGUACAGACUCCACAUUUCCCAGGAUAUACCGGAGAAUAACCUGGCCAUGUUCUACACCAGCUAUGAUAGUCGCACUGAGUUGCAGAUAGAGCGGCCGGUCCCUGGUCUGAAUGAAGGUUCAGUCACCACACUCAGCUGUCCUGCUCUUCUGGUGGUUGGAGACACAUCGCCUGCUGUUGAUGCUGUGGUGGAGUGCAACUCCAGAAUGAAUCCCACCAAGACCACCCUGCUCAAGAUGGCAGACUGUGGAGGACUUCCUCAGGUGGUUCAGCCUGGAAAGCUUGCAGAGGCCUUCAAGUACUUUGUCCAGGGGAUGGGAUAUAUACCUCAUGUUGUAUUAAACCACUUGAGCAACCAAUCAGUGCCCACGGCUGGUAUGACCCGACUGGUUCGCUCCAGGACUCACUCAGCCUCCAGCGUGGGCUCAACAGAUGGCAUCAGAAACCGCGGUACCACCGACACACCACCAGAGGCCGCUAACUGCACCUCUAAACACACUGCAGUACACACCAUUGAAAUGACUGCAUAGGACUGCUCCUGCACUGCUCUUCCACUCUCAGUUCUUCUUUCAUCUCCUUUCUCUUAUACUGUGUUCACUCACAUCUGUCUUCACUUUAGGACACAGACCCUCCACACUGAGUUUAGGGUUGAGAUUUAGCUGGAGACAUACACAGCAGCACCUUUGUUGGCUAUACUUCCCUGUUCUCUUUUAGUUGCUGAUGUGGGUUUAUACUUUCAACCCCUCCUUCCUGAAGCCAUUUGGUUGCCCUGGUGACACUGUAGAUGUAACUACACACGGAGUUCAGUUCAUAUUUCUAUACAGUUGCGUUGUAUCUCUACUCUACACUGUUCUGCAAAUUGUUUUCUCAGGAACAGCUAUUCACAUUUCUCUUCCUUUAGUCGGGUCCUUCUUUUUAUUCUGAUCCCUUCUUUUUAUUAUUACUCUUUAAACUCAUUAUUAUUAUUAUUAUUAUUAUGGUAUGGUUAUUGUUGAUGGUGGUUUUAGUUGAUAUGAAACUUGUUUCUGAAAUGAUUUAACCAUUUUCCUGCUCAUACAAUUUACUUAAAGGGAAUAUUUCACCUAAACUGUUCUUGGGCCAAAUAUUCUGUUUAGUAUCAGUUAUUCCUCUCUCCAACCGUGUAAUGUCUGACAACAGAUCCAGACCUGAUUUAACAACAGAAAAACAGCAUCAAAAUAGCACUUAACUGCGAAAUGGACGUUGUGAGGCUAGAAUCCUGCUUCAUAAUUGUCAUAAUGAUUGUUCUCACAUCCCCUCAGAUACAAGUCUGGAUUGCAACUCUUUCAUAUUCAUGUAGCUGGAAAUGACAUACAGUACUGUGUGACUUGAUGUGUACAAGAACCGUUGACCAUCAACCAAAUUUGUGUUAAGUCAGUUUUUCUUCUUUUCUUCUUUUUUUAAUUUUUUAUUAACAUGGCUUCAUGUUGGCUUACUAGAGCCUGUUAAAAUAAAUCUAUUUGUUAGUUAAAGAUGGUUGACUAGAUUUUUUGAUGCUCUUAUUCUGAUGUUAAAGCAUUUAUUCUGUCAAAUGUGGCUCCCACAGAUAUUUUUCAGCCUCUUCCUCUGAAACCAGCCACGACCUGUUACCUCGUCUGUUGCUCUUUACUGUACAUGACCUUUGUCCUCUGAAGCCUGUGCCUUCAUGAGGCCUGUCGACAGCAUGCUCCUUGUAGAGUUGUGGCAUGCAAACUGUGCAGUGUGCUGUGGUAUCAGUCUAGUGAGUAACUGAGAUGUUGUUCAGCUGUAAACCUGCCUCUCGGCUCAGAGAGAGCUCUGACAAAACUGAAACACACAAUCUGAGUAGUUUUUGUUUCUGUGGACCAAAAGCUGCCAGCAGGAUUGUUUAUACAUUCUCCUGAGUUCUUUAGAGCAAGGCCUUUUUUCAUCAUCUCUGUUCUGUAAAAUAUAUAACUUUUCAGGAGUUAAGAAAAGCAGCAGGUGGACAGUUCAUUGAAUAAAGAACAGAAUCAUUUUCUCAUUCAUUGCUGACAAAAACAUAAUUACUGUCGUUUUUACUGGAUAGUAAUGACAGCUGAGCUGAGCUGUUGUACAUUACUUGUUUUUCAGUACUAGUUUGCAGUUCAUGGAUAUUCCAAUGAAUUUCCUAAGAAACUUGACCUGUUUUCUAAACAGGUAAGCAGCUGCUUAAGUUGCGACAAUUAUUAAGUCCAGUCUAGAAAGUGACAGAUUAUCUGAAUUUGUUUGGCUAAAAUGGUUCAUAUGUGCUGGUUAUGGCUGCACUGCCACUGAUGAGCUCUGCCUGCUAAUCAGUAAAUAUUUAUUUAAUUAUUCUACAUCUUGGCAUCUCUGCAUUCUUCAUUGUAGUUUUCAGCUGCUUUGAAAAUGACUAAGACUAAAGACUGCACCACUUUUUCUUAACUCUGUGGGAGAUUCUAAGUAUCUGUUUAUGGCUCAUAUUUGUGAAGUUGUCAGGAAAACACAGCAUCCAUAAAAUAAAGCGUUUCCUGUUUGGUCCCAUUGACACUGACUGAUGACGUGCACUAUAAAUGUGUUUCUUGAUGGGAGACGUUGAAGUGUUGGUUUGUGUGGCAGGCGGUGGUCAUGUUGCUUGUUCAGCUGAUGUCGCCGUAGCUUCAGUGACACUGAACUUUUCCAGAAAGAUAACUGUUGUUACAAGCUCUUCUGUGUUGUUGUCAGUGUAAUGCUACCCCCUGCUGGACAACUUAUGUACAUCCCGGUGGUAGUUAGCAGCUUUGAUGUCAACUCAUUAGGAGCACAGAAAGGUUUAGUUUCCUAGAGAUCCACAAAGUGGGAUACAUGAGGCGAUCUUUCAGUUCUGUUAUUCUAUAUACACUAACUGUGAUCCUGUUAUUGUCAUUUAUUAAUAUUUAUUAAACAGUUCAUUUGGAGAUUUGUACUGAAACACUGGUAGCUGUUCUGUUCCUGAGGUUUGUACUUACUGGAUGUUGUUCCAUGAUUUACAGUGUAAACAAGAUUUGUAAUGAAAUAAAGCUCAUUAUCCAAAAA